GGGGUUGGGUGGGGGAGUUCUGGUCCUGGGUACGGCCGUUCUCCGGGCCUGCGUCACCCCAAAAUUUGGGGGAAAGCCAGGAGUUUUGGAGAGGGACUACAUUCAUACCCCGAAUCCGCGGGUGAGUAAUCGCGGGGGAGCGGGGCUGGAGGCGCCGCCCGACGGCCCGACCCGGCAGCGGCCCCGCGGGGACCAGCGCAGCCUCCCGGGCCAGCGUGAGGCAAGGAUGGCUGCGGACGGGCUCUCCAGCAAGGCCCUGAAGGUGAAGCGGGAGCUGGGGGAGAACACGCCGCUGCUGUCAGAUGAGGAGCUGAUGGGGCUGUCGGUGCGGGAGCUCAACCACCACCUGCGGGGCCUCUCCAAGGAGGAGGUGGCGAGGCUGAAGCAGCGCCGGCGGACGCUGAAGAACCGGGGUUAUGCUGCCAGCUGCCGGGUGAAGCGCGUGUGCCAGAAGGAAGAGCUGCAGAAGCAGAAGAUGGAGCUGGAGUGGGAGGUGGACAAGCUGGCCCGGGAAAAUGCCGCCAUGCGCCUGGAGCUCGACACGCUCCGUGGCAAGUACGAGGCCCUGCAGGGCUUCGCCCGCACCGUAGCUGCCCAUGGGACCCCUGCCAAGGUGGCCACCGCCAGUGUCAUCACCAUUGUCAAGUCCGGUGCCAACCAGGCCGCCUAUUCCUAGUGUCGGCCUCCAUCCCCCGGCUGGGCACGGCCCCUCCGGGGCACCUUCCCCCAUGAAUUCCCUCCUAUACCCUCCCUGACCUCCUUCCCACCAGGACCUGUGCCUAAAAUCCUCCUUCUCCCAUCCCUUGACAUCCAGCUCCUCUGUGUAGGGAGAGCUGCCGUAGUGUGGGUGCUGGGGCAGAGGACAGGACCCCACUGGUGGCCCCUGCAGCCCCCUCCCCUCUGACCCAUCCCCUGCUGCAGCCCCUGCAUCUGGGCAGCGAUCACCCUGGAGGGUGCAAGCAGGAGAGGGCGAGCCCAUGCAGGCAGCAUUAGGGAAGCAUCCCACGUCUCCAAGCUGGCAGAAAAACACCAGGUGCCUCUUGAUUUUUUGGGGGAGAGCUGAGUAUGGGCCAGGCACUCACAGGAGCAUGUGCCAGGAAACUGGGAGAGAGGUUUCACAGCAAGAGGCAGAAGGGAUACGAUGGAGAGGGGUGUUGGUAUUGGCCCUGCAACUUGGACCAUGGCUGGAGCAGGGAGGGAGGUGGCAGCAUGGCUGGAACCUCUGGGGAUGGAGAUGGCAAGGGAAGGUGGCAGGUUCGAGAGGGGGAGAGAAAGUGGCUGCAGGUUGGUGCCUUGUAAGGGUGAGCGGGAUGGGAAAGCGCUGUGGCAGCCUGUGACUGUGAUGGGGGAGGGACCCUCGGGCAGGGGAGAGCUGGGUGACGUGAGUGGGUCAGCCCAGGCUGUCAUACAUAAAGGGGAGAAGCAGUGGUGCUAUUUUAUCUCUCUCCAUGCACAUCCUUCACGCCUCUUCCUGCCUACAGGACGCUCAGCCUGGCUGGCUGUGUGUCUCUGAAAUGCAGCAGCACCGGCAGGAAGGAAGCGGAGGCAGCUGGAGCAGAGAUAAACACUGUUUUGCUCUGCACAAGCCAGAUUGUAUGGCCCCACCAAGUGCUCCCUGGCGCCCCACUACCUACAAAGCCCACAGAAAGGUGCUCCUGGCUCCAGAGAGCCAGAGCUGUUGAGACAAAAAUGGGUGAAGGUACAAGAGGUGGGAAGCAGGGGCAGAGCGCAUCCCUGCUCCUGGGAGCUGCCUGGCAGGCAGGUAGGCUCCUCCCUACGUUUUUCCUCCAGCUUGGACACCAGUGUGGGACAACCAGGUCUUCAGCAGCCUGAAAUGCUGGAGAAGAGUUGGAAUUGCUAAAUACAGGCAGCAUAGGGUAACAGGAGGCAGACCCUUCUUGGCAUCUGCCACUGUAGAUGAUCCCCCACCCCCACCCCUUUCUGCCCCUGCCUGGGUAUUGCUAUGCCAGCUGCCCUCAGCUGCAGCCUCCAUCCCUCCCCAGAGAGAGGUGCCCGCUGCUCACGGAGGGGGCACUGUGGUUAGCAUCCCCCCACCCCAACUCCUCUUGGGUUUAUUUAUUGCACGAACAUAAGUUAUUUUCACGUCCUCUUUGCCAUUCUGCCUCUCGGCACAGCCAGGAUGUUGGUACAGAGCCGUACUUUAUAUUUUAUAUAUGCAAAUCACAUUUUAUCUUAUACUUAUAUAGAGCAAAAAAAAACUUAUUUAUUUUCUGACUUACAGUAUGUGUCCUAUCUGACUCCUCUGUAUUUUGUAGACUUUAAAAAUAAAGCAAGUUUGGUUGUUGUUUUUUUUUUCCACA